AUGUGGGCGCGGGCGCUAGUGCUGACGCUGGCCACGCUAGCCGCGCUGGCGGCGGCCGCCGUCGAGAUGGACGAGGAUAUGGCGGAACUGGCGCGCAUGGUGCGCGAAAAUUGCGCGGGCGAGACCGGCGUGGACGUGGCGCUCGUGGAGCAAGUCAACGCCGGCGCCGAGCUGAUGCCAGACGACAAGCUCAAGUGCUACAUCAAGUGCACGAUGGAGACGGCCGGCAUGAUGGCCGACGGCGAGGUGGACAUCGAGGCCGUGCUGGCGCUGCUGCCGCCCUCGCUGGCGGAGCACAACGCGCCCGCGCUGAAGGCCUGCGGCACGCAGCGCGGCGCCGACCACUGCGACACCGCCUUCCGCACGCAGCAGUGCUGGCAGAACGCUAACAGGGCCGACUACUUCCUCAUAUAGCC